AUGGCGUCGACGAUCAUGGCCGCCACCUCCCGCGUCGUCGCGGCCAAGACGCCGUUCCUCGGCCAGGGCCGCGCCGCCGCCAAUGCCAGCCCCCUCCGCGACGUCGCCGCCGCCGCCAGCGGCCGGAUCACCAUGGGCAACAACCUGUGGUACGGCCCGGACCGCGUCAAGUACCUGGGCCCCUUCUCCGCGCAGACGCCGUCGUACCUCACCGGCGAGUUCCCCGGCGACUACGGGUGGGACACCGCCGGGCUGUCGGCGGACCCGGAGGCGUUCGCGCGGAACAGGGCGCUGGAGGUGAUCCAUGGGCGGUGGGCGAUGCUCGGUGCGCUGGGCUGCAUCACCCCGGAGGUCCUCGAGAAGUGGGUGCGCGUGGACUUCAAGGAGCCCGUCAUCCUCAUGGGCCUGGUCGAGGGCUUCCGCAUCAACGGCCUCGACGGCGUCGGCGAGGGCAACAACCUCUACCCCGGCGGCCAGUACUUCGACCCGCUGGGCCUCGCCGACGACCCCGUCACCUUCGCCGAGCUCAAGGUCAAGGAGAUCAAGAACGGCCGCCUCGCCAUGUUCUCUAUGUUCGGCUUCUUCGUCCAGGCCAUCGUCACCGGCAAGGGGCCCCUCGAGAACCUGCUCGACCACCUCGACGACCCUGUCGCCAACAACGCCUGGGUCUACGCCACCAAGUUCGCGCCAGGGUCUUAA